AUGGCAGACAAUACUCCCACGUCAGCAGGAGCCAUAUUGAAUGGCAAGGGCCAAACGGCGUCCACGGAGAUCUCAGAAGAAAAUGAUCUCCUCCCCAGGCUCAUCCCCCACCUCGACCGGCAUCUUAUAUUUCCCCUACUCGAAUUCUUGUCCGGCCAAGAGGGGAUUGAUAGCACGACCACGGAUAUCACGAGGACAAAAUACGAGCUUCUCAAGCAGACGAACAUGACCGACUACGUUGCGAGUCUGUGGCAAGAACUCAACGACAGCGACGAUGUGCCUGAAGAGUUUGUGAAGAAGAGGGAAGAGGUUUUGCAACGAUUGUCCCUCUUUACGGAAGAGACCAGUCAGAUCGAUGAGUUACUCAGUGACGACAGUGUGGUGUCGAACCUCCGCAGCGACAAAGUGGCCAACUUGAAAUUCCUCGAAACGAACCAUGGAGUCACAAUUGAGAUGGUAGACAUGCUCUACGACUACGGCCGGUUUCAAUAUAGCUGUGGUAGUUAUGGGAAUGCCGCCCACCUCCUCGACCAAUUCCGCAUCCUCUCCACGGACAACGACAAAGCCACAUCCGCUACCUGGGGCAAACUUGCCUCGGAUAUACUGACCACGCAAUGGGACGUUGUAAUGGAGGAGGUCAAUAAAGUGAAAGAGAGUAUCGAUACCAAACUUUUCAACAAUCCCCUGGCACAGCUACAGCACCGGACAUGGCUUAUCCACUGGUCGCUCUUUCCCUUUUUCAACUACGAACCCGCUCGCGAUCAGAUCACAGAACUCUUCUUCUCUCCCGCCUUCAUCAAUACCAUACAGACCAAUUGCCCCUGGAUCCUACGUUACCUUGCCGCCGCGGUCAUCACCAACAGAUCACGAACGCGCAACACAGGCCAGUACCAGAAACAGCUCAAAGAUCUCGUGCGGGUUGUACGCCAGGAAGGCUACGAAUACCAUGACCCAGUCACCGACUUCAUAAAAGCCCUUUAUAUCGAUUUCGACUUUGAAGAAGCGCAGAGGAAAUUGAGUGAAGCGGAGGAAGUUCUCAAGGGCGAUUUCUUCCUGAGUGCAGCGGCGGAAGCGUUCGUGGAGGCCGCAAGGCAUCUGAUAAGUGAAAGCUACUGCAAGAUUCACCAGAGGAUCGAUAUUGGGGAUCUAAGCAAGAGAUUGGGCCUGGAGAUGGAGGAAGGUGAGAAGUGGAUUGUGAAUCUGAUUCGGGAUACAAGAAUGGAUGGGAAGCUGGAUUACAAGGAAGGGACGGUAUUGAUGAAUCACCCUGCAAACUCAGUAUACCAACAGGUAAUCGAGCGCACCAAGGGAAGUUUCUUCAGGACCUCGGUGCUGAGUGCUGCGGUCGCGAAGUAA